CCUAUCUUCACUUCUUCGAUCACCACCACAGAGACCACCUCACACAGUCCUCCCAGCUUCACUUCUUCAAUCACUACCACCGAAACCCCCUCACACAGUACUCCCAGUUUCACUUCUUCGAUCACUACCACUGAGACCCCCUCACACAGUAAUCCCAGCUUCACAUCUUUGAUCGGCACCACUGCGUCCACCUCACACAGUCCUCUGGGCUUCACUUCUGCGAUCGCCACCACAGGGAUCACCUCACACAGUACUCCCAUUUUGACUUCUUCAAUCGCCACCACUGAGACCAUCUCACACAGUACUCCCAGCUACACUUCUUCAAUCACCUCCACCGAGACACCCUCACACAGUACUCCCAGCUUCCCUUCUUCAAUCACGAACAGUGAGACCAUAUCACACAGGACUCCCAGCUUGACUUCUGCAAUCACCACCACUGAGACCAUGACACACAGUAUUCCAGGCUUCAUUUCUUCAAUCACCACCACCGAGACCACCUCACACAGUCCUCCCAGCUUCACUUCUUUAAGCACAACCACUGAGACCCCUUCACACAGUACUCCCGGCUUCUCUUCUUUGAUUGCCACCUCCAAGACAACCUCAACAAGCCCUCCCAGAUUCACCUUUGCGAUCACCACCACCAGGACCACCUCACACAGUACUCCCAGUACUGCCGGCUUCACUUCUUCGAUUGCCACCACUGAGACCACGUCACACAAUACUCCUGGCUUCACUUCUUUGAUCGCCACCACCGAGACCACCUCACACAGUACUCCCAGCUUCACUUCUUCAAUCACCACCACUGAGAUCAUCUCACAUAGUACUCCCAGCUACAUUUCUUCGACUGCCACCACUGAGACACCGUCACACAGUACUCCCAGCUUCACUUCUUUGAUCACCACCACUGAGACCACCUCACACAGUACUCCCAGCUUCACUUCUUCGAUCACCACCACCGAGACCACCUCACACAGUACUCCCGGCUUCACUUCUUCGAUCACCAGCACUGAGACCACCUCACACAAUCCUCCCAGCUUCACUUCCUCAAGCACCACCACUGAGACCCCUUCACAUAGUCCUCCUGCCUUCUCUUCUUCAAUUGACACCUCCAAGACCACCUCAACCAGUUCUCCGAGAUUCACCUCUGCGAUCGCCACCACCAAGACCACCUCACACAACAACCUCACACAGUACUGCCGGCUUCACUUCUUCGAUCGCCACCAGCGAGACCACGUCACACAAUACUCCUGGCUUUACUUCUUUGAUCGCCACCACCGAGACCACCUCACACAGUACUCCCAGCUUCACUUCUUCAAUCACCACCACUGA